AAGAUGGCGUUGGCUCCGCCUCUCAGUUUCCUCCGGGAAUGGAGCGGGCGGGCGGCUGUGGUCGAAGCUGGGACUCCUCCCCGCACUGGGGAGGCCGGUUUGGGUGUGUUCGCGCCUCGGCAGGCGGGGCGUCGGUAGCAGAUUAGUCCCAGCGGCGGCGGAGGAAGCUCGAAGAGAGAGAGAGAGCGGCCAGCCGCUGACCUGGGGAAGGCGGGCUUCGGUUUCUCAGAACGUGGGGAAAAAUGGUGGAUCGCUUGGCAAACAGUGAAGCAAAUACUAGGCGAAUAAGCAUAGUGGAGAACUGUUUUGGAGCUGCUGGUCAGCCUCUGACCAUUCCUGGCCGUGUCCUCAUUGGUGAAGGAGUAUUAACAAAGCUAUGUAGGAAGAAACCAAAAGCAAGGCAGUUUUUUUUAUUCAAUGAUAUCCUUGUAUAUGGUAACAUUGUUAUCCAGAAGAAGAAAUAUAAUAAGCAACAUAUCAUUCCUCUCGAAAACGUCACUAUUGAAUCUAUCCAAGAUGAGGGGGAUUUGCGGAAUGGAUGGCUUAUCAAAACUCCAACUAAAUCUUUUGCAGUAUAUGCUGCUACUGCCACAGAAAAAUCUGAAUGGAUGAACCACAUAAAUAAAUGUGUUUCUGAUUUGCUGUCCAAAAGUGGGAAGACGCCCAGUAAUGAGCAUGCAGCUGUCUGGGUACCCGACUCAGAAGCCACUGUUUGCAUGCGCUGCCAGAAAGCAAAAUUUACUCCUGUGAAUCGUCGACACCACUGUCGGAAAUGUGGAUUUGUUGUCUGUGGACCCUGCUCUGAAAAGAGGUUUCUUAUUCCCAGUCAGUCUUCCAAGCCUGUGCGAAUUUGUGACUUUUGUUAUGAAUUCCUUUCCAUGGGAGAGAUGUCAACAUGCCAGCCCACAAGAUCAGACUCUUAUAGCCAGUCACCAAAGCCUCCUUUAAAUGACAUAUCAGAUGAUGAUGAUGAUGAUGACAGCAGUGACUAAUGGAAGAAAACGUUUUUAUAUUACAGUUGGUGUUUGAACUUGAGUUGUAUGAAAAACCUUUAGUUACAACUUCUGAGAAAUCUACCCUAGCCAUUAAAUUUGCCUGAAAAACCUUUGAAUCAUAUGUGCCUCAGUAUUUAAACCUCCAAAAAUGUCAUUACUCUUUCUGCAGGGAUUGACUGUUGCAAAUACUUUCCAGCCACGUAUACUUGAUUUUCUUUCUACAAGUGAAUUGGUCAGCAGUUCCCCUUCUCUAAACAGGAAGAUUAGAAAAUAUAACACAAUUGUUUUCUUUGCUAAUGAAUUAUUUUAAUAUUAGGAUGGGGGAAUUAAACCUGUAUGAAACUGGUAAUUUGGUUAGCAGAUUGAAAAGGACAUCUAACCAAACUUUGAAACUGAUAGUUUACCUUUAUUCUAUAUAUUAUAAAUUCUGAAAUGUUAGUAACUAUUUAAAAACAAUGCAAAAUGUUGUACACCAAGCAGUGCCUUGUAAUGAUUGCACUGUUGCAGGAAAAAAAAAAUAACCUUGCACCUCUGGCAUGAUGAUCUAAGAAACAGUUGGUGCUGUUAGGAUUAAUUGCUGUUGUAUAAUGGGAUUUCAGUAAUAAGGGUUGUGAUUUCAUCCCUAGAACUGAGGGCUGUCCAGCAUCUUGCACAAAGAAAAUUUUCUUAAGAUGCAAGAUGAAGACAAAUUCAGCACUAUUGUGUAAUGAUUAUUGUGAGCUGAUCACAAGCAUGGUGCUCCCACAAAAUGAAUAAAACAAAUGGGGGCUUUUAAGAAAUUAAUCUUUCAGAUGGAUUGAUAGCUAAACUACUUUCAAACUUGUAUGAUAUUGUUAAAUGUUUAUAAUGAUCAGGUAUGGUUAAGUGAAAACUCUUGUCUCAGAUCAUGUUAUUUGCUGUAAUGUUGUGAUUUGAUAUUUAAAUCCUUAGAUCAUUCACUAACAUUUUUAAACUAUAGGACGUGGAUUUAAAAAUAAACUGUGUUCUAAAAGCACAAAUUGGGAGAAUAGGCUAGCUAUUCAUUUGAAAUAUCAACAUUCGUACACAGCUGACCUCACGAUGUAAAUGAAUUGCAGGUGACUUUAUUUUAAAUGUCUAAAACCAAGACCUGACAAAUAGUACAAAAGGUAUUUCCAGUAAAUUUUUUACUUUAUACAAUAUACUUUCUAUAGUGGUGUCAAUUUUAGAGAAAUGUCAACUUAGCUAUAAAGUUUUGUAAAAUCCCACAACAUAUUUCUAUUUUUAUAUAAUAGUAUGUUUAAUUGUUUUACACAGAAGUCCAUUGACAGAAUUGUGUGAGAAUUCAAUAGCACCUGAGAAUUUAUAAAUAACAUGCUGAAUAUUAUUUGUGCAAAAAUUAUAUUGAGUAAUGUGCUUAGUAAGUCAUAGUUUCAGCACUGUUUUCUCUCCUGCCUGUUUGACUAUAUUUAUUAAAUAAACCAUUAGAUUCACAUCUGUGAACUUGUCUACCAUUCUAUAAUCUAGUUGAAUGAAGAGUAUAAUAUCCAAGUUAGGGCAAAAAAACCCCCUCAUAUCAGGAGUCUAGCUAUAAAGUGAUGAAGCGUGGGCUCUAUUGACUUGCUUAGAAUCUGUAGAACAGCUGUAUUGAUGGUGAGAAUUCAGAAGGCUAAAUUCCCAGUUGAUACACAAAUGCCUAAAUAGAGAAGGGCCUUGCAUUAAUGCUGGGAGUUCAAACGUAUGCACAUAAUGUUUUAAACACUCAGGUCUCCCACAGCUUUCCUAUGUUCCUUGAACUCUAAAAUUCAACAUUUGAGGACACAAUAUUUAAAAGUUUCAUUUAAUUGUAGUAAAGGUAGUUUUAAUAGAAUGAUUAUUUUUAGUAUACCAUAAUAUACACAACAGUUUCAUUCUGACAAUAAUUAGCUUCAGUGAGGCUUGUCCUUAUGCAGUUACAAAGAGAUUGAACGCUUCCUUUUUAUGUUAACCAAAGUUUAGUGUAUAGUCUGAACCCCAUAUUGUGGUUAAUCUUAUAGACAAAUCACAUUAACUAUAGAGUGAAAUUGGAUUGAGUUUAGAUAAUUUGACAAACAAAUUAAUUCUAAAACUUUUGAGGUUAACAUUAGAGGCGAACAUAUGGGGCUCGCUGAGGUUUAUUCUUAUGGCAGACCAUAUACUUACAUUAUAUUAUGUCUGCAUUAAUAUUUCCAUAAUUAUUAUUGAUGCUUGGAAAUGGAUAGUUUGAAGGAUGUCCUCCAAAGUGUGCUUUUUUAUGAAGCAGCCAAUGAAAACUUUUUGAAUUGGCUGGAUAUGUUAUACUUUAUUUUUUCUACUGAUUAGUUAAAUCUUCCCUUCUCCGUAACUCAGAUAUGAACUGUAGGUUAUGUGCAUAUAAUUCAACUUUCUUAAUGCUUAAUCUACAUUGUGUAAAAAUCUGUAUUCAGUAUUGAAUGUAAUUUUUAUAUUUGCCCAGUUAUCUUUAUAUGCUGCACGUAUGCUUCAGCACUUUCAUUUAUUUGGCCACAAACUCCUCAUAUCAGUCCUCAAAUCCAGUCAUUGCAUACAAAUAAAAUUUGCAUAUGCUACAAUUAAUCCCUGAUGCUAUUACCAAUUGACAAUGUAAAAUAAGUAAUCAUAAGAUUACGAGUGUGAAAGAAGGUUACUAAUUUUAUGAUUUUGCUCAUAAUUUUAUUUUGGAAAGCUAUCUUGUGUGUUAAGUCAACUUUGUGAAAGGCUUAAUAAAUGAUUUUGUAAUUUUGUCAGA